GCGUUGAUCCAAUAUGACAGCCCUUGUGUUUGGUUCCGUGCAGCAGCGCCAACAAAUGGCGACGGACAACGACAGCGACGGGCGUUCUUGGCAUAUUUGACUACACUGUCCAAAGCCUACAAAUGCUCAAAUGCCUACCACCAGAUUUUGCCCUACCCAAAUCUCGUCCAAGCUUCCUGUGCCGUCUUCCGUUCCACUCAAAUCUGCUGUGAACACAGGCUAGCAGGUGAAAGAUCGAUGUCGAACGCUGCCAUCGCGAUCGGUACCAUCAUAUUCGUCAUUUUCGUCGCCGCGAUAAUUGCCUGCGCCUACAGGCGGGCCGAGGCAUGCGCCGGCGGCGUCGCGAGGAGCUACGCGGUGGUGUCGGACCAACAGAUCCGGCACGCCACCAUCGAGAAAUUCCUCUCGGAGAUCAGGCACGAGAAGCCCUUCAGGUUCACGUCGCAGCAGCUCGCCGGGUUCACGGGCAACUACACGACCCGGCUCGGCGCCGGCGGCUUCGGCACGGUGUACAAGGGCGUGCUCCCCAACGGCCUCGCCGUGGCGGUCAAGGUCUUCGACCGCAGCCUCACGCAGAGGUCCCAGGAGGAGCAGUUCAUGGCCGAGGUGGGAACCAUCGGCCGCACGUACCACGUCAACCUCGUCAGGCUCUUCGGCUUCUGCUUCGACGACGUCGCGCGCGCCCUGGUGUACGAGUACAUGGGCAACGGCGCGCUCGACGCCUACCUCCUGGGCCGGGGCCGCGGCGCCGGCCUCCCGGCGCUACGCGACAUCGCCGCCGGCGUCGCCAGGGGCAUCCGGUACCUGCACGAGGAGUGCCAGCAGAAGAUAGUGCACUACGACAUCAAGCCCGGGAACGUGCUCCUCGACGCCGCCCUCACGCCCAAGGUCGCCGACUUCGGGCUCGCGCGGCUGGUGAACCGCGCCGACACGCACGUGUCCGUCUCCUGCGUGCGCGGCACCCCGGGCUUCGCCGCGCCGGAGAUGUGGAUGCUGUCGGGCGUCACGGAGAAGUGCGACGUGUACAGCUUCGGCAUGCUCCUGCUCGAGAUCGUCGGCCGGCGCCGGAACUUCCACGAGGAGGCGUCCGAGAGCCAGCAGUGGUUCCCCACGCUGGCGUGGACCAAGUACGAGAGCGGCGAGCUCGUGGACCUCGUCGCGUGCAGCAGCGGCACCGGCGCGGAUGGUGGUGCGGCCGCCGCGCCGGGUGAGGAGAAAGAACAUGAGCUGCAGCGCGACAAAGAGAUAGUGGAGAGGAUGUGCAAGGUUGCGUUCUGGUGCGUGCAGCAGCAGCCGGAAGCGAGGCCGCCCAUGGGUGCGGUGGUGAAGAUGCUAGAGGGUGAGAUGAGCAUCGCUGCUCCUGUGAACCCCUUCCAGCAUCUAAUGGCGACGCCGGUGAUGGCCAACCUGUGGACGACGACGAUGGCGAGUAGCGCAAACGCUGUGUCAGCAACUGCCAUUUCUGAGACUAGCAUCGAGAUCGUCUCGCUUUGACACCUGGCUGCAACUGAAAAUGGGCAGGACAUGGUCAAAGCUUUGAUUAGUUUGUCCACCGGUCUCUUUCUCCUUCGGUAUGCUGAUGGUGCACGACUGCACCCGAACGGUGAACUUAACUGUUAACUCUUGCGAAGCUCUAAAUGUCUUUGCUGCGUUGCUUUGAGCUCUCAAGUCUGAACUGUGAACAUGUGUUCUCAUGCCUCAACUUCA